UCUCCAUGUCAGCAGCAGCAUAGGCGGAGGCGUCAGAAUGCGGGCAGCCAAAGCUCGCACCCCUACCGGUUCAUCCACAGACACAAUCCGUUCUCACUCCCCAUAAACUCCCUGCUCGUCAUAGAAGUGAGCUUUCGGAAUCUGGUCUGUAAUGUUUAUCAUUUGAAUUUUGAAGACGGUGUUCAUGUGAGAACAUUCUGUACGGAAUAAUGUGAGCAAGAGAAAAGCAAGACGUAGACGAACUGUUUUUUACGGGUGGGUGGAAAAACAGGCAUCCGGCCUCCGAGGAAGCGCCUAUCGAGGUGUGGAAGUCAGAUCGAAACAAAGUACAUCGUUUCUGGUAGUCAGCCUGCCCCUUGGACUAGUAACCGGAAUGUUGCAUAAACGAAUCACGGAGCUGACAAGGUGACGAGGAAUGUCACACCUGGAGUGACCGGGACGAAGACAGGAAGCACCACUGGCUGGCCCAGUGGGAACAGAACAGAGACCGUGGGACGCAACAACCACCUGUGCUGGCCUGGGUGUCUCCGGGACGACCUCCAGGUGAACCUGGCCCUGCCAGCCCAGGCAACCCUGAGGAGUGUGUGAUGGAGAAGAUGAAGAGGUUUAAGCGGCGUCUGUCUCUGACGCUGCGCUCCAGCCACACCAUAGACGAGUCUCUAUCUGAACUGGCUGAGCAGAUGACCAUCGAGGACGGCGGCAACAAGGACAGCGAGCCGAUCGUGCGUAAUGGGCGACCGCCCUCCUCCCACAGCAUGCACUCGUUCCUGCACCAGUACACCGGCUCCUUCAAGAAGCCCCCCCUCCGCAGACCACACAGUGUCAUCGGAGGAAGCCUGGGCUCCUUCAUGACCUUCCCCAGCAACGGCAGCCGCCUCGACAUCGUCCAUGAGAACCUGAAGAUGGGCUCAGACGGGGAGAGUGACCAGGCGUCUGGGACGUCGUCGGACGAGGUGCAGUCGCCCACCGGGGUGUGUCUGAGGAACAGGGUGCAACGACGCAUCUCCAUGGAGGACCUGAACAAGCGUCUGUCUCUGCCUGCUGACAUCCGUAUCCCUGACGGUUACCUGGAGAAGCUGCAGCUGAGCAGCCCUACCUUCGACCAGCCCCUUAGCCGACUCUCACGCAGGGCCUCACUGUCAGAGAUUGGUUUUGGGAAGCUGGAGACCUACAUCAAACUGGACAAACUGGGAGAGGGGACCUAUGCUACAGUAUUUAAGGGCCGCAGUAAGCUGACUGACAACCUGGUGGCGCUAAAGGAGAUCCGGCUGGAGCACGAAGAGGGAGCACCCUGCACCGCCAUCAGAGAAGUGUCGUUACUGAAGGACCUGAAACAUGCCAACAUCGUGACCUUACAUGACAUUGUCCACACAGACAAGAGCCUGACGCUGGUCUUCGAGUACCUGGAUAAAGACCUGAAGCAGUACAUGGAUGACUGUGGGAACAUCAUGAGUAUGCACAACGUCAAGAUCUUCUUGUUCCAGAUUUUGCGGGGGUUGGCGUACUGCCACAAGCGGAAGGUUCUCCACAGAGACCUAAAGCCCCAGAACCUGCUCAUCAACGAGAGAGGGGAACUCAAACUGGCUGACUUCGGUCUGGCGCGGGCUAAGUCUGUCCCCACUAAGACGUACUCCAACGAGGUGGUGACUCUGUGGUACCGGCCACCUGACGUCCUGCUAGGCUCCUCCGAGUACUCCACACAGAUUGACAUGUGGGGUGUGGGGUGUAUAUUUUAUGAGAUGGCUGCAGGUCGGCCCCUGUUUCCUGGCUCCACCGUAGAGGACGAGCUCCACCUCAUAUUCAGACUGCUGGGCACGCCAUCAGAGGACAGCUGGCCAGGGAUCUCUGGCGUCGAGGAAUUCAAAUCCUACAACUUCCCCAAAUACAAACCUCAGCCGUUCAUCAACCAUGCGCCCAGGUUGGACACAGAAGGCAUUGAGCUGGUGUUAUCAUUCCUGAAAUAUGAGUCCAAGAAGAGGAUCUCAGCAGAUGAAGCUAUGAAGCAGGCCUACUUCAAGAGCCUGGGGACACAGGUCCACACACUGCAUGAGAGUAUAUCAAUAUUCACUCUGAAGGAUAUCCAACUGCAGAGAGACCCUGGCUAUCGGAACUCCUCACACCUAGAGUCAGGCAACAGCAAGAACAGAAGACAGAGCAUGCUCUUCUAGACGUUCUGCUCCCGGGCGCUCCAGGGUGGAGCUGGUUCCUGUUGCUAUAGUAACCGACUCUCGCUUGGGAUGAGAAUGAACAGGACAGAGCCCCCUCUCGCAUGAGCCCCUCACCCCUGGAGAGACCCCCUCACCCCCAUAGAGCGAGUGAGUCUGGAGUUGAGGGAGGGAGAGAUGAACUACGUUUAUUUAUUUGAAGAUAUGGAAGGGGGGGUAUAUUUUGCUGCUAAACUACUACUGUCUGUAUUUAACACGCAGUUUGUGUAUAUGAUUAUGUGAACUCCGACACCAUGCACAAUCGACCAGUCGCUAAGGUUACUAUUGUUAUUGAUAUGAAUUAUGGUUAUUAUGAUUCCACUGAUGAUCUCGAUGUUGUUUAUCAUAGCUGUUACCUUUGCUGUUGUGCAUGUCAUUGUGUUCAGAGACUGAAUGCCUUUUAGCAUUUUUUUCUCAAGUACUUUCUUAAGCUUCCUCUGAUGGCAGUGUGACUGAAGUGAGACCAGACCAGUGCAGACUGGGAGAGAGGGACUGGGAGUGUCUGGUCCUCAACUGGAAAUCUUUCUUCUGAACUGAAUCAUUUCCCGGCCUCCCUCUCAUUCUCCUUGACCUAGAACGUUUCAGGAGCCAGACGGGGGUUAGGAAGGGGUCAAAAUGUGGUUGAGAUGGGGUCCAGUCGUCAGGAGAGCACAACGACCCUCAGUCUUGUAGCCAACGAAUGGGACCACAGCAGAAGGUGGAGUUUGACUCCCCAGGACAUUUCCGGUCUCCUCGCCACUUGUCAUGGCAACAGGAAAGCGGCGAUUAGGGAGGAGAGAAACACUGAAACGCCGCAGGAAGUAAUGUGACCUCCCGAAGGAACCCAUCGGUCUCUCUCUCUGUUUCCCCUACCCCCCAGGAUGGUCUUUACUUAAGUUAUUGUAUGCAAGUUCUUAAUUUUCUCUUCUUGCCUUUUUGGAGGUCUACAAAUACCGGCUGUUUUUGUGCAUCAUCAAUAACUGUAAGCAGUUACUAGUUUUUUGAAUGGCUCUCUACUCUGUAGCUGGCCAUGGGAGUGGGGAUGUACCAUGACUUCAGGGCAAUACUAGGAUGACUGGUGCUUUAAAAUGGCUGACUUGAUUUGACAGUAUUAAGAGAUGUUGUUUUCUAUGUUAGACCUUUUGACCUCUCCUUGUGAAUACAGUGUCGUGUGGCAUGUCAAGGGGCAGCAGCUUCGCCUCUCAAAGGAGAAGAAAUACUUGUUGUUUCAGUCUGCAUUGGACCACUCGUCUCUCUUUCCAGCGUUUGUACACAUUUCAAAUUGAAAUUUUAAAUAGACUUAAGCCGCUGUGUGUGUUUAACUGACAGUGUUGUAUAUUAAUAUUGUCAUACUGUACUUUUUCAAGUUUAAGAAUGACCUGAGCUUACCUGAGCGCGUGCGCGUCUGACAUGGAAUGCCAGCUGUGGUAACUCAACCUCUCUGGGACACUGACAGUUGGUGGUCCUGUACCUCUUUUUACUGGAACUAUUUAUUUCUCAUAAUCACAGUAAAAUGUGUCUGUUUGCUAAAUACA